AGAGAGUCAUACUGUAGCAGCAGCAGCAGGCUAGCAGUAGUAGUAGUAGUAGCAGCUCACUUAGGGCUGCAGAGGGUCCUGGAUGUGACCUGAUUUGUCAAUUCAAUAACUUCAAUCAAGUGUCGCUCCUCCAGGGAAUCAUUGGCUUAUAUUUCAGCAAUCAUGGCUCGGGCAGGGGACUCACUAUUUCAUGUUUCGUUGAAAGAAAAUUGAGGUGCAUAAUGGAUUUAUCAGGAUCCCAAUUUGACAUCAAAGUGCAACAUCUGACGAGGCUCUGAUUGUCCUGCACUGUCUCGCCAUGGCUUACCCAGACCACUCUGAUUGGUUGAAAGAUCAGUUCAGUUUUUUGCCAGGUUUGCCAGGGUUUUCCAGCAUGUUUGGGAAGAAGAAGAAACGGCUGGAGAUCUCAGCUCCGUCUAACUUUGAGCACCGGGUCCACACAGGCUUCGAUCCGCGGGAGCAGAAGUUCACAGGGCUGCCACAGCAAUGGCAGAGCCUCCUGGCGGACACUGCAAACCGCCCUAAGCCCAUGGUGGACCCCUCCUACAUCACCCCCAUCCAGCUGGCACCAAUGAAGAUAUCUCCCAAGAAAGUCCGGUCAUCCGAAACGCCGUUGCCCAAAACCAUUGUUCGAGGGAACCGGCCACCCAAAGAUGCUUCCAUCAAUGGCCUGCUGGAGGAUUUUGACAACAUCUCAGUAACGCGCUCCAACUCUCUGCGUAAAGAGAGUCCACCAGGCCCCCACCAGGCUGGAAGCAGCUCCAAACCCUCUGGCAGUGGUCAUGCCAACACCCCGGAGGAGAAUGGAUUCAGCCAUUACUACUCCCGGUACUCCUGUGACCUAGACACCUCCAGCAGGGACUUCUCUCUCGAUCCCAGCAAGCCAAGCUUCUCUAUAGAUGGGGACUGGGCAGUUGGGAGGCACUAUCGAUUCACCAAGCAGAAUGGUCACUCAUACCCCAUACGUAGCCCUUUCUACCCGGACGCCAUGCCCCAAAAAUCAGACUAUGGCAAGCUUCCCCCGGACUACCACACGUACUUGGAGAGCAAAGGUCGCUCAGCUGAUGAGGUAGCCUCCACAGUGGGGAGUGGUGUGGGCUCUAGCGGCUACUAUCGGGCAUCUGUGGGUGGCUCGUCCAGCCAGGACUACCGGGACACUUCAGUGGGCACGCCAUCUCGUGCCUCGCUACACAGCGAGCAGAUCAACUACCCAGACAGUGAGUGGAGCUACGGUGGCCUGCGGGACGAAUACGAAAAGCGACCCAAGAGUUCGUACGUCACGCAGACCAGCCCCACGCCGGCUAUAAGGCAGCGAUCUCGGUCUGGCUCUGGGCUGCAGGAGCCAAAUGUCCCUUAUGCAGCCAGCGGGACGUUCAAGAACCUUCCACAGUCACACCCAUACAGCUCCUACACCUACCCUCGUCUCUCAGAGAGUCUCGGUAACUCACAGACCUUAACUAAGGGUGACUACGAGCGUCCUGCACGUGACUGCAGUCCCCAGGUUACGGGUGGUGACACCUACCCUCGAGGGCCUCUAAAGCAACCUCAGAGCCACAUCAAGCCACCCGGCUACCCCCCAGCACACCUGCCAUACCCUCCUGUCUUUCACCAUUACAAACCUUCACCCUAUCAUCACCCCCCCUCCCAGCCCAGCCCACCAUACACCCCUCAGGGGGCCUACUCACAGCCUUCGUCACCCUACAUCCCCCCGGGGGCCUACCCGCCUCCUUCCUGGGGGUCCAGCUCCGACACUCAACCCUCCAGAGUCUCUCAUGAGCAGUUCAGAGCUGCCCUUCAACUGGUGGUAAACCCAGGCGACCCUCGGGAAUAUCUGGACAGCUUUAUCAAAAUCGGAGAGGGCUCCACGGGUAUCGUGUGCAUCGCCAGCGAGAAACACAGCGGCAAGCAAGUGGCUGUGAAGAAGAUGGACCUCAGGAAACAGCAGAGGAGAGAGCUGCUCUUUAAUGAGGUGGUGAUCAUGAGGGACUACCAUCACGAGAACGUGGUUGACAUGUACAACAGCUACCUGGUGGGAGACGAGCUGUGGGUCGUCAUGGAGUUUCUCGAGGGCGGAGCACUCACUGACAUUGUGACUCACACCAGGAUGAACGAGGAGCAGAUUGCUACAGUGUGUUUGUCGGUGCUGAGGGCUCUGUGCUACCUGCACACACAGGGCGUCAUCCACCGCGACAUCAAGAGCGACUCCAUUCUCCUGACCAGCGAUGGCAGGAUCAAGCUAUCAGACUUCGGCUUUUGUGCCCAAGUUUCCAAAGAGGUGCCCAAGAGGAAGUCCUUGGUGGGCACGCCCUACUGGAUGGCACCGGAGGUCAUCUCUAGACUGCCUUAUGGGACUGAGGUGGAUAUCUGGUCUUUAGGCAUCAUGGUGAUCGAGAUGGUGGAUGGAGAGCCCCCCUACUUCAACGAACCCCCUCUGCAGGCCAUGAGGAGGAUACGAGACAACCUGCCCCCUCGUCUAAAAGAGUCGCACAAGGUGUCCUCGGUGCUGCGCUCCUUCCUGGACCUGAUGCUGGUGAGGGAGCCCUCGCAGAGAGCUACGGCCCAGGAGCUCCUCCAGCACUCCUUCCUCAAGAUGUCUGGACCCCCUUCCUGCAUCAUGCCCCUCAUGAGACACUAUCGCCACCGCUGACCUGCUGGCCCAAAACCUGCCCUCUUCUACACUAAAAAACACACACAUACACACACUACCAGGGUGGCACUGCCCUCACCCAGCCAAAACACCCCCACCGCUUGGUGGCACGCCACUAACACUCACACCUGUAACCGUGAAGUAGAUUAGCUAGAGGAAUAUCUAAGAAAUUACAUUUAAAAAAACACAUCAGAGAAAAUAAGAAAAAAAAAAGUCUACCAUUUUGAAACUUUGAACUGGAGUAGAAGAGUGCACUGU